AUGAACCAAAGAUUUAACAGUUAUAUAGUUUUCCUAUUAUUUAAAAUCAAAACAUGUAUUUCUUUACCUCAGUCAGGCUUCAGUUGUGGUGCUGGAAUGAGUUGUGCAAGUAGCCCGUAUGGACCUUGCUGUUCUCAAUAUGGUUACUGUGGGAAUACUGCGGAAUAUUGCUCUCCCUACAUGGGUUGUCAGGCUGGAUGUUGGAUUAUAAAUCCAUCAACUACUUAUAUUUUCACAUCUACGCCAUCUUCUUCUGUAGCAAGUAGUACUGGAGAAAGUAAUUCUGGAGGAAGUAGCUCUAAUUCGGACUUGCUUUAUAAGGUCCUCGUUCCAGUGCUUUUACUAGCUGUAAUUGCUAUAGUUGCCUUUUUCUUUUGGGACAAAAGACGAAAAGAUCAACUCCAACAAAAAAAACGUGAAAAUGACCAAAAAGAACGUGAAAAUGAAAGAUUAAGACAACAACAAGACAGAAUGACUGCAUUUUUAGAUAAUCUUCAAAAUAAUAGACUUGCGAUAGAAUAUGGUGAAGAUAAUAGAAUGGUUGCUGAAGAAGAAGUAGAUUAA